GAAGUAAGUGGUAGAGUAAGAAGUAGGUUGUAGGCUGUAAUCUUUGGUGCGGACACGGUGUAUUUUAUUCGAGAGGGCUGUGUGUGAAUGUGACGGAUGUGUGUUGUCAAUUUGACGUAAUGGAAGGGGUUUUGUGGAAAUGGACAAAUUACUGGAGCGGAUGGCAAACAAGAUGGUUUAUUCUUGACAACGGUGUGUUGGCAUAUUACAAGUCUCAAGAAGAAGUGAACCAAGGCUGUAAGGGUUCAAUGAAAGUAACAGCAUGUGAAAUUAUAGUUAAUCCUGUUGAUAGUACACGUAUGGAUCUUGUUAUUCCUGGAGAACAACAUAUUUAUUUGAGAGCUGCAACUUCGCAAGAACGGCAACAGUGGCUUGUGGCACUGGGAAGUGCUAAAGCCUGCGUCACCACCAGGAACAGGAAAGAUUCAGAUUCCAAUCCUGAUACACUUAAAUCCAAAAAGUCUGAGCUGAGACUGUACUGUGACCUACUGAUGCAACAAGUACACAUGGUUAAGACAGCUGUUACUCAAGAAGGUGGUCCAGAAGUGCAGAAACUGGACGAAGCAACUAGCCUGCUGGGUGCUACCUGUGAUACAUUUAUUAGAACUUUGGAAGACUGUAUGAAGAUAUCUAACGCCAAUUUCACGUAUGAACUUCCUCACCAACACGUGACCGGCAUGAAGCCAACUGUGCCCAUCAUGAGAACAAAUUCCGUUGAUAAGUAA